AUAUACCAGUUGAUUACUAAGCCAACAAUUUGAAUAAAUCAAUCAUGUGAAUUAUAGGAUGUAAAGUUUUAUUGAUCAGAUUUAUGAAUUUUCUAAAAAAAAUUGUACAAUUUUUAAUUUUCCACAUCUUUGUCAUUGAGAUACCUUAAUAUGCAACAUGGUUAUAAAAAAAACAACAACAAUAGCGGAGUCCAAACCGAUUCGCCGGAAUGGUUUUUACAAUUUAUCCACCAAUAAGAAAACGGCCUUCGUCGAACUCUAUGCGACAUCCGUGCUUUCCGCAUGUAGUGCCGAAUCCAUCGCAUAUCCCUUGGAUGUGUGCAAAACGCGAAUGCAGAUUCAGGGCGAGAUUGCGAGCAAGUCCAAUUUAAAUGUUAAGUAUCGUGGCAUGCUGGCCACCUUCAAGGGCAUCGUCAUGGAGGAGGGACCACAUAAGCUCUAUGGCGGCAUCUCGGCGAUGGCACUGCGUCACACCAUCUUCAGCGGCCUUAAGAUGUACAUAUACGAUGCACUGCGCGAAAAGCUGAUCAGAACCGAUCCCACAGAUGGCAAGCCACAUUUGCCGUUUGUCAAUGGCGCCAUCGCUGGCAUUGUGGCGGGCGCAGUUUCAAACAUAAUUGCUUCACCCACCGACCUGAUCAAGGUGCAAAUGCAAAUGGAGGGCAGGAGACGCUUGUUGGGCGAACCACCCAGGAUACACAACAUAUUCCAGGCUUUUAGCUCCAUCUACAAAGCAGGUGGUAUUGUGGGACUGUGGAAGGGCACAGUGCCAAAUGCUUGGCGUGCUGCUCUCGUUACCCUGGGCGACGUUAGCUUCUAUGAUCUGGGCAAGCGCGCUCUUAUGAACAUCUUGGAUAUGCCCGAUAAUCGACUGAUACAAUUUAUGGGCUCAAUGAUAGCUGGGCUUGCGUGCGCCGUGCUGAGCACUCCCGCAGAUGUGGUAAAGACGCGUAUUAUGAACCAGCCGACGGAUGAAAGUGGUCGUGGUUUGCACUACAAGGGCACCAUCGAUUGCUUUAUGAAGCUGGUGCGAAAGGAGGGAUUCUUGGCCAUGUACAAGGGCUUUAUGCCCUAUUGGCUGCGCGUCGGACCCUGGACGAUGGUGUUCUGGAUGACUUUUGAACAGAUCCGUCGCUUUCGUGGUGAUGCGGGCUACUAGACUCAAUCGAGACGUUUCAGAGAUUUGUGUUAAUCCAUUUUUUUUUUUUCCUUUCAGAACAUAGCAACUAUAUUGAUAAAUACUUUUUAAGUCAAAAUUUUUAGUUAUUAUUAUGGAUAAAGAUGAAAAUAACUAUUGGCACUUAAGGCCCGCAUACGACAAGGCUCCAUUCCACGUUCGGAACGAUCAAGAGCAAAUAACGGCCAGAAACCUACUCCAGCUGUACAUAAAUACAUUCAUUGGCGCCAACUUUGCAGAGGCCUGUGUCUAUCCGUUGGACGUGAGCAAGACACGACAGCAGAUCCAUGGCGAGGAGGCAAGGAAGACGGGCAGCAAGCCCCGCAAUAUGUUUUUCACCUUACGUGGCAUUGCCAUGGAGGAGGGACCGAAGAGCCUCUAUGCCGGCUUCUCGGCGAUGGUCUUUCGCAAUUUCAUUUUCAAUUCGUUGCGUGUGAUGCUCUACGAUAUAUUUCGGCGUCGAUUCCUCUAUACGGAUGCUGAGCAUCGGGACAGUAUACGAACACAUCAUGCAUUCAUGUGUGGCUGUGCUGCCGGCUGCAUUGCUCAGGGCUUGGCCAAUCCCUUCGAUAUUGUCAAGGUGCGCAUGCAAAUGAACGGCAGGCGUCGCACAAUGGGCCUGGAGCCGCGCAACAAUAGCUGCUUUAAGGAGAUGUUGUCCAUCUAUGGGAAGUCGGGCGUAUUGGGCAUGUGGCAUGGCGUGGGACCCAGUUGUGUGCGCGCCUGCCUGAUGACCGCUGGCGAUGUAGGUGCCUAUGAUCUUUGCAAGCGUAACUUGAAGAAUCAUUUCAAUAUGGAAGAGGGCAUUCCACUGCGCUUCGUCUCCUCAAUGGUAGCUGGCUUUGUGGCAAGUGUGCUGAGCAAUCCCGCUGAUGUGAUUAAGUCACGCGUCAUGAAUCAGCCGACGGAUGAGCGUGGUCAUGGCCUAUACUACAAGGGCUCUAUCGAUUGCCUCGUCAAACUAGUGCGCGAGGAGGGUUUCCUUAAUCUUUACAAGGGCCUCAUACCAUGCUGGUUAAGAUUGGGCCCGUGGUCGGUGCUCUUUUGGCUUUCUGUGGAGCAGUUGCGUGUGUGGGAAGGACAAACUGGCUUUUAAACUUGCUUAUAAUUUUUAAUGGUGGAUAUAGGAAGAGUGAUUUAUGUUUAUUGGUCGUCAUCAAACGAUGAAACAAUGUUUGCACUUCACUUUUCUCUGGAAAAUUCACUCUGCUUUUGUCAUGAGUAGAACCUUAUUUUCCGAACUUAUUUGCACUGCUCUGCAUAAGACAUUAAUUGGGUGGAAGGUGGCUAAUUAAUACUUAAAGCUAAAAAAAAACUUGUCGUUUCAUGUAGCCUGUCGAAUACCCAAACAUUUUGUUGGCCAAAAUAAAUUUCGUUAUGAUUAAA